AUGGUAAUACGAAGCCACACACAUCAACAACACCUCAAGGAUUUAGAGGAAGUCUUUCAACAACUCCGGCAUUACAACAUGCGUCUAAAUCCUAAUAAGUGUACUUUCGGGCUGUCCGCCGGAAAAUUCUUAGGUUUUAUGUUGACCCAUCGAGGAAUAGAGGCGAAUCCGGACAAGUGUAGGGCAAUAUUAGAGAUGCAAAGCCCGACUAAAUUAAAAGAUGUCCAGUGCUCGGUCGGACGUCUUACAGCUCUAUCACGAUUCAUACCCAGGCUCUCUGAUCACAUCAAGCCUAUUUUGAAGAAUAUGAAAAAGGACGUGCCUCGACAUUGGGACAACGAUUGCGAAGAGGCCUUUUCUAAAGUGAAAGGUAUUUUGACCAGUCCUCCUAUCAUGGCCCGUCCAACCGAGGGGUUCGAUCUAGCUGCAUCCAGCCACUCGAUAAGUGCAGCUCUCAUCCAGGAACACCCUGAUUUUAAGCUGAUAUAUUUUAUCAGUCGAACCCUACAGGGACCAGAAGAAAGAUACUCACAUGUAGAGCAAGUGGCGCUCGCCUUGCUCACAGCGGCGCGACGUCUCCGGCCGUAUUUUCAUAGUCAUCAGGUUGUCAUCCGGACGAAUCAUCCGAUCGCGAAGAUCCUUCGCAAGCCUGACUUAGCCGGCAGAAUUGUGGCAUGGGCGAUCGAGCUAUCUGAAUUCGGUUUACAGUAUGAGCCUCAAGGUUCUGUUAAGGGUCAGCACUUAGCCGACUUCAUAGCGGAAGCAUACCAUCCGGAAGAACCCAACAUUUGGCAUCUCAAUGUAGAUGGGUCUUCUGACAAAAGAGGAGGCGGCGCCGACAUAGUGUUAGAAGGUUCGGGCAAUCUUCUAGUCGAACAGGCAAUUCGCUUUAACUUCCAACUCAGCAACAAUCAGGCAGAAUAUGAGGCUCUCGUUAGUGGCUUGCUAUUGUCCAAAGAGCUGGAAGUCAAUCAUCUGGAGUGCAAAAUGGACUCUCAGUUGGUUGUGGGCCAACUUAAUGGCACUUUUCAGGUUAAGGACAACCAUUUGCUGCGAUAUUAUCACAAGGUCAAUGAUUUGAUCAAGUCAUUCACCAGUUUCUCUGUGACUCAUAUACCCCGAUCACAAAAUUCCCGGGCGGAUCUACUGUCAAAGUUGACUCAUUCUCGAGAAAAAUCCCAACUAUCUUCAGUGAUUAAAACUACGCUGCACAAGCCUUUGUUGGAAGCAUGUGCCGCUAACGUGACUACACCAAGAACUGACUGGCGGCAAGAUAUAAUACAACUCAUGAUUCAUCAAGAACAGGGAGGACGACUCAACAUACUUGAUUUUAAACGAAUCGCCCGUUACAUGUUAGUGGGAGAUGACCUCUACCGGCGCGGUUACACUACCCCAUUACUAAAAUGCUUAUCGGAGGAGGAGGCAAAAUACGUCAUGCAAGAGUUACAUCAGGGGAUUUGCGGUUCACAUUCAGGAAAAAGGAUGAUGAAAGCUAAAGUUCUACGAGCCGGAUUCUACUGGCCCUCUAUGGAACAAGAUUGUGCAACUUUCGUACAGAAAUGCAUCUCAUGUCAGUCCCAUGGACAUAACUUACGAAUUCCGCCUUCGGAAUUACAUGAGAUCAUCUCCCCAUGGCCCUUCGCACAAUGGGGAAUGGAUAUUGUCGGACCCGUGCCGCUCGGUAAGGCGCAAUGCAAAUACCUGUUGGUGGCGGUCGAUUACUUCACUAAAUGGAUUGAGGCAGAAGCCCUCGCAGUAAUAAGUGCUCAAAAGGUACAAAGUUUUAUCUGGCGCCUGAUUUGCAGGUUUGGACUACCGCACAAAAUCAUAACUGAUAACGGGUGGCAGUUCGUUGAACGCAAGUUAGAAGAUUUCCUCAAAGGACUGGGCAUUAAACAUGUCACAAGCUCAGUUGAGCAUCCGCAAACAAAUAGGCAGGCUGAGUCAGCCAACAAAGCCAUCAUUUCCGAGUUGAAAAAGAGAUUAGGGCGCGCAAAAGGAUUGUGGGUCGAAGAAUUACUUGAAGUACUUUGGGCAUACAGGUGCACACCGCACGGCUCAACAGGGGAAACCCCUUUUAACCUCACUUAUGGAACGGAUGCAAUGCUUCCGGUCGAAGUUGGUGAACCCACUAUACGCCGACAGAUGCAAGACAUGAGCAUUAAUGAAAACCUGUUGAGAGUUAAUCUGGACACUCUUCCUGAAAGACGUGAAGUAGCUAUGAUACGAAAUACAGCUCAGAAACGACUACUCAUACGACGAUACAACACAAAGGUCAAACCGCGAAGUUUUACCACAGGCGACCUUGUUUGGAGAAAGAGAGGUGAAGCCCGUAAAGAAAAGACCGUCGGCAAGUUAUCAGACAACUGGGAAGGACCCUUCCGCAUCACUGGAGCAUUUGAACGGAAAGGUCAUUCCAAAUACAUGGAACGCCACACAUUUAAAGUUCUACUAUAG